AUGGAGUGGACAAAUGAGGACAAGGUGGCAUCGGUGUCCAGGCUGGUGACCGAGUUUGAGAGCGGCAGGACCCCCGGAUUGGCUCCUCCAGCCCAGGCGCUGGAGGCCGGAGCGCCUCAGCCCUGGGAGCAGGUUGGCCAGCGGCGGACGGUCAGCAGGGUCUACCUGAGCUCCCUGAAGAACAAGCUGUCCAGCGGGGUCUGGAGGAAACCAUGCCAGCCUGAAGCCAGCCCUGAAUCGGGGCCACAGGAACCCGCGGAGAAGAGGGUUGUCCGGGAGCUGCUGGAGACGGAGCAGGCCUAUGUGGCCCGCCUGCACCUGCUGGACCAGGUGUUCUUCCAGGAGCUGCUGAGAGAAGCGCGCAGCAGCAAGGCCUUCCCCGAGGACGUGGUACGGCUCAUCUUCUCCAACAUCUCCUCCAUCUACCAGUUCCACGCUCACUUCUUCCUCCCCGAGCUGCAGCGGCGACUGGACGACUGGACCAACACGCCCCGCAUCGGGGAUGUGCUGCAGAAACUGGCACCCUUCCUGAAAAUGUAUAGCGAGUACAUCAAGAACUUCGAGCGGGCGGCUGAGCUGCUGGCCCUCUGGGCGGACAAGUCCCUGCCCUUCCAGGAGGUUCUCACCCGGAUCCAGAGCAGCGAGGCCUCAGCCAGCCUGACCUUGCAGCACCACAUGCUGGAGCCCGUGCAGAGAAUUCCCCGCUACGAGCUGCUGCUCCAGGAGUAUCUGCAGAGGCUGCCGGCACAGGCCCCGGACAGGGCGGACGCGCAGAAAGCCCUGGACAUGAUCUUCUCGGCUGCCCAGCACUCCAACGCGGCCAUCUCGGAGAUGGAGCGGCUGCAGGACCUGUGGGAAGUGUACCAGCGCCUGGGGCUGGAUGACGACCUCGUGGACCCCUCCAACACGCUGCUCCGCGAGGGCCCGGUCCUCAAGAUCUCUUUCCGGCGCAGCGAGCCCCUGGAGCGCUACCUGUUCCUGUUCAACAACAUGCUGCUCUACUGCGUGCCCAGGGUCAUCCAGGUGGGGGCCCACUUCCAGGUGAGGACUCGCAUCGACGUGGCCGGGAUGAAGGUCCGGGAGCUGAGUGAUGCUGAGUUCCCCCACUCCUUCCUGGUGUCAGGGAAGCAGCGAACCCUGGAACUGCAGGCCCGGUCCCAGGAGGAAAUGAGUUCCUGGAUGCAGGCCUUCCAAGCCGCCAUCGAUCAAGUCGAGAAGAGAAGCGAGACCUUCAAGGCUGCGGCCCAGGGCCCCGAGGGAGACCCCCGAGAGGAGCUGCAGUCUGAGGAGCUGGGCCUCCGGGCGCCCCUCUGGGUCCGGGACAAGAGGGUCAGCAUGUGCAUGCGCUGCAGGGAGCCCUUCAACGCCCUCACGCGCCGGCGCCACCACUGCCGGGCUUGUGGCUACGUCGUGUGCGGCCGGUGCUCCGACUACCGGGCCGAGCUCAAGUAUGACGACAACAGGCCCAACCGUGUCUGCUCCGACUGCUACACCUUUCUCACGGGCAACGUGCUCCCCGAGGACAAGGAGGACAGGCGGCCGGGCAUCCUGGAGAAAGGCUCGGCCACGGGCGUGGGGCAGACCGUCAUGAGCGGCUUCCUGCAGCUGCUUGGGGACCGCUGGGGCAGGAGCGGCCCAAGGGGCUGGUGCGUGAUCCCCCGGGACGACCCCCUGGUGCUCUACAUCUACGCUGCCCCUCAGGACGUGCGAGCCCACACCUCCAUCCCCCUGCUGGGCUACCAGGUGACCCCAGGCCCGCAGGCCGACCCCCGGCUCUUCCAGCUGCACCAGUCGGGCCAGCUCUACACCUUCCGAGCCGAGAGCGAGCGGCUGAGGGACAGCUGGGUGACGGCCAUGCAGCGGGCGGCCAGCGGCAGGGGCCCCGAGGAGGAACUGUCCGACUGA